AUGAUUGAUUAUGGAACGCAAUCUUUUACGGAUGGGUCUUGGGACUUUGUUUCUGAUCUCUGUAAUCUAGUCCAGGCGGGGACGAAACAUCUUGGGUUGCCAGUAUUCAAAUCAGUCGCUGAAGCAAAGGCUGCAACGGGUUGCGACGCCACUGUCAUCUAUGUUCCAUAUCAAGUGGCAGCUGGUGCAAUUGAAGAAGCCAUGGACUCUGAGAUUGGUCUCAUUGUCUGCAUCACUGAAGGAAUUCCGCAGCAGGAUAUGGUUCGCUUCAUUCUACCGAAACGUUUAGAUAAGUCACGUCUGGUUGGUCCCAACUGUCCAGGAAUUAUCGCUUCAGACCAAUGCAAAAUUGGCAUCAUGCCCGGAAAAAUUCACAGGAAAGGAUGCAUAGGUGUUGUAUCACGAUCGGGCACACUCACGUAUGAAGCUGUGCAGCAAACGACCGAAACUGGCCUUGGACAAACCCUAGUCGUUGGGAUUGGAGGCGAUCCAUUCAAUGGAACGAACUUCAUUGAUUGUCUCGAUGUGUUUUUCGGCGACCCUAACUGUGUGAUCCUUAUUGGUGAGAUUGGAGGAACGGCUGAAGAGCAAGCAGCUCAGUUUAUCAAGGACAAUGUAAAAAGAGGCAUCAAUAAACCCGUGGUUUCGUUCAUUGCAGGACUUACAGCUCCACCUGGGCGACGAAUGGGUCAUGCGGGUGCUAUCAUCUCAGGAGGAAAGGAACGUUGGCUGUACUCUCACAUUAUCACCUAUACUAAAGCUCAAGAUAGGGCUACGCAAAAUAUGCAGCAAGUUUGGAUCUUGCUCAAACCUUACUGGGUGGGAGUGCUGAUCACGGAAAUCAUGUUACCGCAAGAUAAGGAAGAUGUGGUUUGGGGGUUAUAA